AUGCGAAAACUAACAAUUAAAUUAAUACAACAUGUUUUCAAGGUGAAUUUAUUGUGGUAUCUGAGAACUCCAGUUGUAAAGUUGAUAGUGGAGGCAGGCCUGGAGUGUGGAAGAAGUGCACAACACUACAAAGUACAAAGUUUGCGUAGAACUUGCUCCCAAGAACUCAUUACUGCAGCUGCUUCGUCAUCGCAAAAAAAUGAAUUUAUUUUGCAUCUCAGCUACAAUCUAGAUUUCAAGGCUUGGAGAACAACACCGGAAACACGUCCUUUGAAAGAGAAAAAGAAAAAACUUAUUCAAGGCGAGUUUUGGAAGAAAAUGAGUCUGCGCGUUGAUGUAGUGAAACACGGCUCAGGAACGACAAAUGAUGGGAAUACCUCUAGAAGAUUCUUUUCAAAUCCUUCGCUAGUGGCUGAGAUUACACAAAUUGACGAAUGUGUAAUAAGUAAACUGGGAGUUAUUCUAGAGAGCUGCGAUAUUGACAGCGUAAAAAUGCAAAAAUGCAUAUCUUCAUUUAAAAAGUCUAUCCAAAAUGUGAGGGAUUCAACUGAUCAUGAUUACUUUGCUGAAGAAGCUGAUAACCAAGGCAAUGAUGCUCAUUGCCUUGGUUCAUUGAAUGAUCAACCAGUAUCACAACCAAAAAGGGCGCGUUAUCAAGAUAUAUAUAAAAAUGUGGCUAAGGAAGUAUGCGACGUUAUUAUUACAUCCAAGAUUGUUUCCGGUUCUCUGAUCAUCUCUCCAUAG